UCCCGACCCCCCAAUCAAGAGCAGGCAGAAUACAUAGACAACAGGCGGAGCGAUGCUUUGCGGUCUGCGAGCCUCAUGAGCUCAGAUUCGGAAGAGAGCCAAUCCAGCGCUCGAAACCACCACUACCCUAACAAUAUCGUCCACCCCGAUAAUCAUGGCGACACCAACGACGUGGAAGACGAUGCCGUCGACGUUCCAUCACCGAGCGUUGAGGUAGACGUAGCUUCACCUCUGCCUUUGCGCCCCAAAAGCCCCCAAUCCAUCUCAACCCCCGACGACACCCCCUCCAUCCAGGACUCGGGCCUCUCCUCCCCCGGAAGCAGUCUACCUCUCUCGUAUGCCUCUUCGCGGCCUCACCGUCCCACCUCCCUCCAGCCCUUCGAGCGCCGCUUCUCCGCCCGCCUCUCCCCUUCGCCCUCUGCCUCCCCGCGCGCCAUAGCCAGCCCCGCCUUCCUGUCGCCGCAUUCACGCCAGUCCUCUAUAUCAAGUAAUGUCUUCUUCCAGCAGCAGCCCGACGAGGCAGAUACACCGCAGGCGCCCUGGGAAGUGGUGCGCUGGACUAAGCUCAAGAAGAUCACUGGCCAGGUCUUCUCCGAGGUGGGCAAGCGCAACUUUGGCCGCCCGACCUGUCUGGCCGUGACCGCGUCUCUUGUCAUUGGGACAUCCAAAGGCUUUAUUCUCGUCUUCGACUACCAGCAGGUUUUGAAAUCCAUCAUAGGCCCGGGCACAAAGGCCAUUGAAUGUGGCUCCAUCACCGCUCUGGCCAUUUCUGCCGAUCACUCAACCGUCGCCGGAGGUCACACGACUGGCCAUAUCUUUACCUGGGAGUUGGCGCGACCUGCGAAACCCUUCCUGCACAUUUCACCUCUGGAUCGCAAUGCGUUGGACGAAAGAAAAUCGGACGGCCACAUUUCAGGCGUGGCCAUCCUGCACCUGGGUUUUCUCGGAACCCGCCAUACUGCUCUCGUUUCCGCAGAUGACGGAGGAAUGGCCUUUUCCCACUUGGCUACUCGUGGUCUCGGAGCUAUUGCGAGGUCGGUCAAGAUCACUCGCAUCCUCGGAAGGUACCCACUGUCUGAUAAGUCCAUGGAACGACCGCGCAAGCCGAGCUCCGUUCUUGCCUUUUCUCCCCUGCCCCUUGGCAACGUGGAGCAGCCGACCGACUCGAUGGGUUUGACCGCAUUGUUGACUCCUUACCUCCUCGUCAUCGUCUCCACAACUCCCAUCGCACAGACUCAGCACAAAGCCUCGCGCCCCAAAGAGAUUGCCCCUCACAGUGCCUUGAGCGGCUGUCUUGCGUGGUUCCCUGCUGUCAAGCUGAAGAACUCUUCUGGAGAUUCCAGUUCACCUGUCUCCAAGACUAAACUCGUAUACUGCUGGUCCAACAUUCUGACUAUUUUGGAUGUGGACGCUAUUGUUGCUGCCCCCACAGAACGUGAAAAACCCACGGAGCUCAAAUUCAAGCCACGAAGUCGCUGGACUUGCGAAGAAGCUAUUGUCGGAGUGCAGUGGCUGAGUCGAUCGGUACUAGGCGUUCUGACCAUCAGCCAGCGGCUCUUAAUUCUUGAAGACAAUACCCUUCGGAUGACGGACGCAUUCGAUCUGUUGCACAAACAAAUCUAUCAUCAUGAUUUAUUUUCUCACCAACUUACACCCGUCGUGGAACAACUCAAUGAAGCGGACACAUCGAUGCAUGGCGUUAUCGCUGAUGCUUUCUAUAUGAGUUUUAGGGCUUACAAGGGACGGUUGUUUCUCUUGGGCGUGAAUGAUGUCUCCAUCGGCACUCUGUCCAACUGGGCUGAUCGUUUGAUGGCGCUCAUGGAGGAUGGUGAUUUCAUAUCUGCUAUUGCGCUAGCUACGUCGUACUACGUGGGCGAUGCUGACAAACUGACGGUCGGCCUACCGGAUGUCGACACCGCGCGCCACGCCAUGGUGCAAGAGAAGCUUCUGGAGAUGAUAUCUGCAUCCUUGAAAUACACAUUUUCUCACCAAGAUGAAGCGGACGACUCACGUGAGAAGCAGUUGAGGGAUCUCGCCGCAGCAUGUUUUACUGGCCUACUUAGCAUGCGUGAAUUAGAUUUCUUGUUCGAAGAUGUCUACGACGCAUUUGAGGAGGCAUCCUCGGAGAAAGUCUUCUUUGAGACGCUGGAGCCCUACAUCGUAGAGGAAGAGGUCACAGCUGUGCCACCCAACGUACUCAAGGACCUGAUUACCUUUUAUGUCUCUUCUGGUCGGGCAUCCCGUUUGGAGGAGAUGAUAUGUCGGCUGAGCACCGACACACUCGACAUCAACCAAGUGACCACUCUCUGCCAGCAGUACAAUCUUUAUGAUGCACUCAUAUAUGUUUGGACGCGAGCUAUUGGUGACUUCAUCACCCCGCUGGUGAACAUUCUAUCUCUCAUGAGCAUAGUAGACCUGGGAGCCGAUGAGACAGAGAAUAUCUACAUGGCUUCUGCGAUGAAAAUAUUUCCCUACCUGGCAUACACUUUCACCGGGAAAGUAUAUCCAGGCGGAGCCCCACUCGACGACGACGAGGCAUACAGCGCCAAAAAGGACAUGUAUCGCUUCUUGUUCUCGGGUAAAAACCUGGCAUGGCCUCCAGGCUCAGGCAACGUGAUAACCACACGGACGGAUAAGAGCCCGGAACCUGCUUUCCCAUACUUGUGCUUGAUCCUCGACUUCGAUGCCUCUAGUUUUAUGAGCGUACUCAACGAAGCAUUCGAGGACAGCUUUCUCAACGGAGACCAAGAAGCCACGAACGGUAGUCAUACGAACGGUGCACAGCGCGGCUCGGCGUUGACCCCUACUCGGCAGUAUAUUAUCAAUAUCCUCCUUGGUAUCAUCACUCCGGACAAGUUUGAUGCAGAAGAUGUGGUGUACUUCUAUAUGUUCAUCGCACGCAACUUGCCAAAGUAUCCCCAACAUAUCAUGCUGCCCGGUACUUCUCUUCACCAAAUCCUGGUCGGCUUGUGUAACCACCCCCCUGAUAUGAUUAAAGAGGACUGUCAACUAUCUGCCGAAUAUCUUCUCUCUAUCUACCAUCCCCCAAACCUCCAAAGUCUAGUGCCACUGUUCGAACAGGCCGAGUUCUAUCGAGUACUCAAAUCUGUAUACCGUGGAGCGCAACAGUGGGCGAAGCUGGUGCAGACCUACCUGGACGACGACGACGACCAAACAGAUGUAUUUGGAUGCAUUAGUGAUUGUCUGCGGCCAAGCAAAGGCCUCAUGAAGAAACAGGUCAAUGAGAUAAAAUCCGUGAUUGUGGGCCGUGCCACCGAACUAGUCAAAAUUGAUGCUACGCGUACAGCAGUAACUUUAAAACAGUAUGCGUCUGAUGUCCUACAGCCCGUUCUCGAUGCUCUCGAAGACGAACCUGAUAGCCAGUUCAAAUAUCUGCAAGCGCUUAUUGAGCCCGGGGAGGCUACUACAAGUGUGCCUCGAGCAGCUAGCGAAGGCCUGCCUCCGGGAUUCAUCGAGCAAUAUGUACAGCUCAUGUGCAGAUACAACAGCACUCACGUCGCAGACUUUGUUAGUCUCCUCGAAUCUGGCGAUCUGAAAUUGGAUCCAGUAUUGCCUUCGCUCGAGAAGAGUGGAGUCAUCGAUGCGGCUGUUGUUCUCAUGGCUCGAGACGGGCUCGUGAAGGAAGCAAUGGACAGACUUGUGAAACACCUGGGCACACUAGAAACUGCGCUGACAGGUCUGGUCGGUGCAGCCGCGGAGACACCGGACGUGAGCAAUACCGAAGAAGCUAUACAUGAUCUCUUGGAAGACAUACAAAAGUACGUCAAAGUGGGAAUAUGGCUCUGCCAGGGCCAAACGCGGUCCAUGGAACGCCCUGUAGAGUCUCUUGCCGAUAGACGCAAAUCCGCGUAUGGCGAUGUACGCGAAGAAGACCUCGCUCUCGAUGAAAUACUUUGGCUAGACCUUGUCGACACCGUGGUCAUGCUCAUCAAGAACGUCUCUAUAGCCACGACUACCCUUCAAGACGCCACGACGAGCGGUGCCGUACCUACACUACAGCAACCCAUUGAUACAGGCGAGAUUACCACCACUCUACGUUCCGCCGUCCAACAAACAUUUUCCGCCCUCCUCGCCUCGACCACUAUACCCCCAAAGCAACAAAAACAGUCACAGGCCCUCUCUGCCAACGCAAGGCCGCCCCUUCACCCCCGCUCCCGCACAAAUAACCCCCAAACAAACCCCUCUUUCCUUCGCAUUCUCCGCGCCUUCCUCACUCGCGCAACUCACACUUCCCCCUCCCUUUCACACCUGCGCACCGUCCUCGCCGAAAUCUUCGCGGCUUAUACGUUCGAAGAAACCAUCCUCAGCCUUGCAAACCGCUUCCUCGACAAAGAGGGCUUCGUCAAUGUCGCAGAAUUACAUCAGCUACGUCAACAAGGCUGGCGUCCUAGAGGACAGGUAUGCGAGGGGUGCAAGAAGCGCUGUUGGGGGCCCGGUACCGGUGGUGCUGUUUGGGAGGCGUGGAGGCGGAGAGAGGGCGAGAAUGCACUCAAGAAAGCUGAAGGGAGGGAGGAGGAGAGCGGUGGGAAGGGAAAGGGGAAAAGUGUAAAGAUCGAGGAGGGAGAUGAUGGUGGGGAGGGGAAAGAGAAGACAAUGUCUUUGGUUGUGUUUGCCUGUCGGCAUGUUUGGCACAGGGCGUGUCUGGAGAAAGGAGGUGGUGCUGGAGCUGGGUCCAUAGAAGGGGAAGUGACAUCUAGUUCUAGGCAUGAUGUUGAUGACGGGAUAAGACAUGGACACGGUGGGGUGAAGUUCACUUGUCCGAUCUGUGCAUAG